AUGACGUGGGCGUGUAUUUUUGUAUGUCUUGUCUUGUGUACGAAUGGUGUUUCAGCGAAGUUAUUCAGGAAAGUUCAUGGUUUGGAAACGGAAUUGAAUCGAUUGAAAUGUGAUAUGCACGAUUUGCUUAAUACUUAUAAAAAUGAAAUGGGAAAAUCACCUUUUCAAAAUCGAAGUGUCGAUGCGAUCACCGCUGCGUGGCAAAGUACAUUUCCAGAUGGAAAUUAUCGAACGAAUACAAAAAAUUCCAUUCCAUUUCGACAAAUGAAUCUCCGAGAUCCCGACACAAUUCUUCGAAUGGCUGAAUAUCAAGCAAUGGUGUAUUGCAAAUCAAGUAUACUUAAUUCACCUUCGGACAUUUCAUCGAUAGUAAAAAUGUCGGGAAAAAACCUUCGUGUUGGGAACUUUACAAUUGCAGCGACUGGUUUCGAUAAAUACAAUGUGUUAUAUUGGUACAUCGCUGUAAAUAUUCCUCAACAAUCGAUUAUUCUUGUUCAUCGAGGAACACGAUCAUCGAAUCGAAACGAUGUUUACGACGAUCUUAAUCGAGGUAGAAUACAUAAUUCACACGGACAGCUCACUGGUGAUUUUCCUUAUCUACUUCAAUCGAAAGAUGUUUAUCUUGAUAGUGGUUUUUAUACAAGAUUUCGACAUGAAAAGAUACCAAUUGUAACUGCUCUUCGUAAAAUUCUGCAACAACAUUCGUCUCCAUCAUUUUCUUUCGUUGUCGUCGGUCAUUCAUUGGGCGCAUCAUGGGCGUUUCUCAAUGCGGCAUAUUUCAUAGGUCUUAAUGAUAUCAAUUCACGUUUAUCAGCGAUUUAUACCUUUGGUCAACCUUUACUCGGUUCAGCAAGCUUUGUCAAUCAGGUCACAACAAAAUUCGAUACACCAAGUCAACGUUACGUCCGUACUGUGAAUGGAAACGAUCUUGUUCCCCACAUUGGCUGUAAAGAGUGUGUACAACCGCAAUACUCCAAUGAAAAAUGGGUGAUGAAUACCACUCAAGUCAUAUGGAAAGAUUGUAACGGUGGUGCAGAUCCUCAAUGUAGUUCUGGCGUUCCGUGUAACCAACUUUCAUGGGCAAAUCACAGUGCAGUUGGCCGUUUCUCAAUGCGUAGUGAAUUUUGUCGAGUUGCAAUAUAUAAGUCACCAUACGACAAACAAAGGUCGAUUUUUUUAGUGAAACAAUAUGAACGACGACAAUUGAAGCUAGGGAAACGAUUAGCUUAUGUACUUCGAUAUGGAGCAGAAAAAGAAGGUUUACAAGUAGAUGAAGGUUGGAUUUUCUUAUCUGCACUUGCGAAAAUUCCGCUAUUGAGUGAAUAUACAGAAAAUGAAUUACUUGGUGAGAUUCAAACAUCGUAUUCAUACAGAAAAACACCGAGAUAUCAAUGGGAGACACGACCGAAUGGAAUUUAUGUUCGAGCGGCUUAUGGACGAAAAUUUGAACGAAACCCUUUUCAUGGACAAACACAAAUUCGUCGUUUAUUAGACUUGGCGUUAGAAUACGUUUGUCAGAAUAUUGAUAAAUAUGACUUUGAAGGAUUUCCAGAUGAAUUUCUUAUUAAUGAAGUUAUUCAUCGAAUUAAACGAAAUGGAAAAUUAACAAGCAGAACUUUACAAGGAAUAUUAUCAGGAACAAUGGAGCAUUUAGAUCUCGAUGGAAUUUAUCUUACUGAAUCAGGAAUCCGAGCUGUAUAUACCAAAUGUCCAAAUUUAAGGGUUCUUUCAUUGAAAGGUUGUGGUUAUAUUCUCAAUGACCAUUAUUGUGAACAACUAAUUCGAAAAUGUCCAUUGAUUGAAUCUCUUGAUUUGUCAUAUUGUCGGCAUUUAACUGACCGUACAUUGGAUAAUUUAACGAAAUAUUAUUCCGAGAAUCUUCUUCAUCUGAUCCUUUCGGGCAAUCAGAAUUACACCGGUGACGCCAUCGUACGUCUCGUCUCUGGAUGUCAACAUCUCAGACAAUUAGAUAUUUGGGACAAUCCCAACUGUACAAACGAUGUUCUAAACAUUUUGAUCGCAUUAGGAAAAUCGCGUAGCGAAGAUCGUGCAAUCACUAUUGUCCAUAAGCAUCUUCAACAUCCAGCUGUUGCUCCAACGAAUCCUUGGGCUGUAAUCAGUGCCAAGACAGUGUAA